ACGUAGCAAGAAAAAUUGCUUUGAAAUUUAAUAGUUGUGUGUAGUAGUUGCUUGUUGUCUUGAAUUUGCUUAAGUCGUAAUCACAAUUUAUUUAAAAGUUAGAAAUGUAAUGCCAAGUUAAAACCGAACAAUUAAAUUGAAUUGAAGAUUUCUCAUAUAUUUUACUCAUUUACAAUUUAAAAAUGACAACAAUAGAUGAUAAGCAAGAUAUUAUUCAAUAUGUUCCCUUUAUGUCUUUCGUUCAUCCAUCGUUUUGGCAUAGUUUAACCGAUAUGAAAUUGAACGUUGAUAAAUUAAAUGAGAAUACGAAACAGAUUUAUGGACGUUAUUCAUAUAGGGAUGAUAUUAUAAGUGUAUUAGAGGUCGACGGAACUUCUUUCAACAAGGACCCAGAGACAGAGUUCCACUACAUAAAUGUUACUGGGACUCUAAUGAAUAAAAAUACAAUUGAAGACUUCAAAAACAUUGACAAAGCAGCAUUAAUUAAUAGUGUUGGUGAGAUUAUGAGAGCCAAUAUACAAAUAAAGUCAUGGAUAGACAAUCCUAAUAGCUUAUUAAACUUUUUUGUACUUUCAUUUGCUGAUCUCAAAAAGUUCCACUAUUACUACUGGUUUGCAUUUCCCGCACCAAGUCAACCUGUUGUGUGCUUAAAAGAAAAAUGUAAGAAUAUAAGCACAUGUUUCAACGAGAAGCAAAUAAAAGAAAUUUCACAGAGCUAUCAACUUCUUGAGAUUUCACAGAAAUGUUUCUUUGCAAUUGUUAAGGAUGGUGACUUGUACAAUGUUGUGACCCUAUCAAAGAUCUUAGAUAAAAACAGAAAUAAGGAUGAAGAGUCAAAUAUUGAUCUGACCAACACAUUUUUCGCUUUUGCGGAUCAUAGUAAUUGUGAAAACCCUGGAUGGCCACUGAGAAUAUUUUUGGCAGCUUUAUUUGAAUAUUGUCCAGAUUUAAGUAAGACGAUUAUUAAAGUUAUUGGGAUAAGGUGCAGCAAAAAUGGUGCCAUUAAUAAUAGUCAGAUUUAUAACAUAACAGUACCUGAGACCAUCCAGACACCUCAGAAUGUUGGUUGGGUAGGUUGGGAAAGAAAUGAAAGGGGUAACUUUGGACCGAAACUUGCCAAUAUGUCAUCAUCAAUGGAUCCUGUGAAAUUGGCAGACACAUCUUCUGAUCUUAAUAUUAAAUUAAUGAAAUGGCGUCUUGUUCCUGAUCUUGAUGUGACUAUUAUGAAGGAAACAAAAUGUUUGUUGCUCGGUGCCGGUACUCUGGGUUGUCACGUGGCAAGAGAUCUUUUAGCUUGGGGAUUCCGUCAUAUAACUUUCAUAGAUAGUGGCAAAGUGUCAUAUUCUAAUCCGACGCGUCAAGUACUCUACACUUAUCAAGAUUGUCUCAAUGGUGGUAGAAGAAAGUCGGAAGCAGCAGCUGAUAAUUUAAAACUUAUCCUACCAACUGUGCAAAGUAAAGGUCUAGUCUUCCACAUUCCAAUGCCUGGUCAUCCAAUUGGCGAGUCCCUUAAAGAUGAGACAGUUACCAACAUCGAACUGUUAACUGAGGCUAUAAAAGAUCAUGAUGUGAUUUUCCUCCUUUUGGACACCAGAGAAGCGAGGUGGUUACCGACGCUCAUCUCCGCACAUUACGGAAAGAUAACAAUAAACGCAGCGCUCGGCUUCGACAGUUAUCUGGUAAUGCGACAUGGAAUAAGUUCAGCUCAAGAAGAAACUUCAAUUAACAGCACUUUCGUGUCCGGAGACCAACUCGGGUGCUACUUCUGCAAUGAUGUCACGGCACCUGGAAAUUCGCUGAAGGAUCGCACCCUGGACCAGCAGUGCACGGUGAGCCGAGCCGGCGUCGCCGCCAUCGCCGGCGCGCUCGCCGUCGAGCUGCUCGUGGGCACGCUGCAGCACCCGCUCCGAGUAAAAGCUCCAGCUGUAUAUAACCUUACUGAUGAAGAACUUGACCCAAAGCUUCAAGGAGUCCUUGGUCCAAUACCCCAUUCAAUACGAGGCUUUCUUCAUUCGCACCAAACUGUGCUACCAACGUGCACAAAAUUCAAACAAUGCAUCGCGUGUUCUGAAGUAGUGAUAGGCAAAUAUAAAGAAGAAGGCUUAGACUUUUUGAUGAAUGUUUUCAAUAGUGGAACUUAUUUGGAGGAUGUUACGGGAUUAUCUGAACUGCAAUUGACUGCAGAAAUGACUGAGAUACUAACAUUAUCAGACGAAGAUCAAGACACUACAAGUAUAUAAAGGGAACAUACUAAAUAAAUAAACCAUUUAAUCUCAAUUGAAGCUUCAUAAUCUGCUAAGAUAUAUUAAGUUAUAUAGUAGUAAAGGCAUUUAUUGGAAAUUUCUAUUAAACUGUAGUUGCUAUUAUCUCAUAAGUGUUAAUUUAUUUAAAUAUUAUUAACAUCAAAUAAAAUAAAGUUUAUUUCGUUUUU